CAAGAUUUUUGAUUUCUUUCCAGUUCCUCGUCGUCUUUUGUUUUAGCUUGUUCUUGUGACAAACCGUGUGAGUCGUUACUCGCUCUGUCCACCCGUAGCUGUUUUCGUCCACCGUGGUGGAGCUGCCCGGUGGCGCGGCUGCGGUCGUAGCUCAGCUCCCUGCGUGGUUUCCGGUGUUCAUCCGUCUGCAGGAGGAUGGCGUCUGGUUUCUACCGCAUCCCCUCUCCCGCCGGUCCUCCGACCCCCACUCACGGCCGAAUGUUGUCGGUUCCGGUCCGAAGACAGCAGUGAAAAACAUCAUUAAGCGACACGGGUGCAUGAAGACUGAGUUCAGGAAAUAGACUGCGCCCGGCUUGGUCAGAAACGCUGCUGGUUUACAGCUGCAUUUUAGCGACGUUCUCCGAUGUAUAAAUUCGCCAUCCUUUCAUACCACCAACAUAACAAUACACCAUCGGUGUUCAUGUUUAGCACUAAGAACGUGUAUAACCUACACAGAGCUCACCAUCCGGAUUACCAUUUCAUAAACUCCAUCAAUCUGCUGUGUGUGGCAUUAAAAACCUCAUCUCCUGAGUUCUGAUUCCUAAAGUGGAAGAAUGACGGAGGCGUGGCAGCAGCAGCAGCAGCACACAGUGGCUCCACCUUCUGUAGUGCACACACUUCCCCAGACCACGGACACUCUGUCCUGCACUGUGUAUGGUGUUGUCCUACAACCAGAUUCCUCUCUGCAGCAGCAGCUGGGCCAGCAGCAUGUUGUGCAAACUCAGCAGGCGUCCAUACAGCUAGGAGGUGAAAGAGUGCACAAGUGUGGCGCCUGUGGACAUGACAUAUCUCACCUGGCCAACCCCCACGAACACCAGUGCAUGGUGACCCAAGACAGGUCUUUCCAGUGCACACAGUGCAUGAAAAUCUUCAGCCAAGCCACAGACCUCCUGGAGCAUCAGUGUGUGCAGGUGGAGCAGAAGCCUUUUGUGUGUGGCGUGUGUAAGAUGGGUUUCUCGUUGCUCACUUCCUUGGCCCAGCAUCACAAUUCCCACGGCAAUGGAAACAACCCAAUGAAGUGUUCCAUUUGUGAGAAAACAUACCGUCCCGGAUCCGGAAAUGUCACUCCCACCUCGUCUGCGGCCAAUCCUCAGCAGCCCUCCACCGGAGAGACAUCAGGUGGCGGCGCAGCAAUGAGUGCCUCAUCCCCACCUGCUUUUGAGGCGUCUGCACCAGAUAGGCCAUACAAGUGCUCAGUGUGCCAUAAGUCCUUCCGGCAUUUGUCCGAGCUAACCCGCCACGAAAGGGUACACACAGGUGAGAAGCCGUACAAAUGCGACACAUGCGAUAAAAGCUUCAGCCAGUCUUCCCAUCUGGCUCACCACCAGCGCACACACAGCUCUGAGCGGCCUUAUAAGUGUGCUGUGUGUGAGAAGAGCUUUAAGCACCGUUCUCACCUUGUGCGCCACAUGUACGCCCAUUCGGGCGAGCACCUAUUCAAGUGCAACUUGUGUGAAAUGCACUUUAAGGAGUCAUCAGAGCUCCUGCACCAUCAGUGCCAGCCAGAAGGAGAAAGGCCUUUCCGAUGUGGUUCGUGCGGGAAGAGCUUCAAGCGGCCGUCGGACCUGCGACAGCACGAACGCACUCAUUCCGAGGAGCGCCCGUUUCAGUGCGAGGAGUGCCAGAUGAGCUUCAAGCAGCAGUACGCUCUCGUACGACACCGUCGCACUCAUAAAAAUCCGGCUGACCGACCUUUCAAGUGUAAUCUCUGCGAUAAAGGUUUUCUUCAGCCGUCACACCUGCUUUACCAUCAGCAGGUGCAUGGUAUGGAAAGCUUGUUCAAGUGUGCAUCUUGCCAGAAGUCUUUUAGCCAAUCCGGAGAACUGCUGAGGCACAAAUGUGGAGGGGAAGUAGAAAAGCCGUACAAGUGUGAUGUGUGCGGCAAAGGUUACAAAAAGAACUCCACGCUGCAGCGCCACCAAAACACUCACUGCACAGAGAAGCCGCUGAAAUGCUCUCUGUGUGACAAGCGCUUUGUGUCAUCCUCAGAGUUUGUCCAGCACCGCUGCGACCCGACACGCGAGAAACCGCUGAAAUGUCCCGACUGUGAGAAACGCUUCAGGUACUCGUCCGAGCUACAGCGCCAUCGCCGUGUCCACACUGGGGAGAAACCUUUCAAGUGCGCCAGCUGCGACAAGAGCUUCAAACAACGCGAGCACCUGGCCAAGCACCAAAGUGUGCACUCGCGGGAGACGCAGUUUAAAUGCGUGUGGUGCGGCGAGCGUUUUGUCGACCUUGCUGCUCUGCAGGAACACACGGUCCAGCACACCGCCGAAGGGGAGAGUUUCCCGGAAGCGCCCUGUAUCCCGUGACCGCUGUCAUUCUGCAGGCUUUUGGACAGCAAACAGCAAUGUUUUGCAGCCUCCUCACUCACCUUUGUUGCUUCAAACACGCACCCAUUAAAGAAGAUCCCUGAUUUGUAGUAAAGUAUACAUUGUGUUAACACUCAAUUAUCCUUCCUUGAGUAAAAGGUCAAACUCAGGAUCAGGAAUCCUUUCGUAAGUUUAUAUUUGAGGUAAAGCGGAAAAAAAGGGUUGUGAUGUAAAAAGUGGAGAGAGCUCGUGGGACUUUUUCUUUUCUGAUGUUGCAUGUGAUGUGAUUGCAUCUAUUUUUUAAUUGUUUACUCUGUUGUGGAUCGCAAGACUGCUGUCAUGUGUGCUCAUGUAUAUUGCUCCUGACAUCUAUGUGCCUUUUUUUUUUUUUUUUUUUUUAACAGAUCUUGUUUUAUUGAGUUGUAGACCAGUAAUAGCUGACUCACUCCCAUCCAUGCAGUGUCUGCCCUGUGCAGCAGUAUAUGUCCACAUAAUACACAUUAGAUAGUAUUAUCUGUGCAUGAAUAUUUAUCACAAUAUCACUGUUGUAUUAUAGGUUUGUUUUAUUUAGAAAAAUACCAUAAGAAGAAAAAAAAAUGAGUAGAUUUGUGAAAAGUGUAUAGCUUAUGUCCUAUAAAAUGUGUUAUUGCAUCUUUGUAUUAAACAAAUGACAUUUGGUAACUUAACAUACCUAUCAUGUCACGAGAAGACUUGACGUGCAAUAGAAAUGCACAAUGUAAUAUAACUACUGAGUCAUUGCAGUUCUACCCUGUUAUAGAUGGUGUGUAUGCUCAUGUAAACAUUGAAAAUGUGUAGUGCUUCUGUUACCUUUUGUUUUUACGAUUAAGCUUGCUAAUACUUUGCAAGGAUUUAAGUUUCUGUUUGACUUAUGACAUUCUAAUGAACUAUCAAAUAUUAUAAUGUUCACUUGUAAAAAAAAUAGCUAAUUACUGUGGUAGAUAAAAAUGAAGUCAUGGGGCCUGUUAAAUCCUCCCAGGAUUCCUCAUCUGUACUUGAGUACUUGACUCACAACAGCUUCACGCUGCAACAUGUACAUUUGUUUGUACUGAGGAUAAAGUGGGAAAAUGUA